AUGCGAAAAAAGAUGAUGUCAUGGGAGUCGACAAAAAAUUUGGAAACGGAAAACGUUCAGGCCGCUAGUAGUAUCGGAAUAGUCUCUGAAGUAAAAAUGGACGGUACCAUGACAAUAUCCACCCAACACCGCGCCGUUUGCAGGAAGUACGUCGAUGUGUGGCGCUCGGAAUGCGCGCCUUCGAGAUUGGCUCCCACGUUGGCGAAAAAUCGCUGGAUCAUGCCGAUUUUUGGCCGCUAUACAAGGUGAGAACGUGCGGCGAGAAAAAGUAAAAACGAUGAAAGAAGCGGGAGCGGAGAGGACGAUCGCAUCGAAUAUUCGUGGCCGGAUGACGACGACGACGACGACGACGACGACCUUUUUGACGGCGAUGAGAGCCGCAUAAACGCUUUACUUUUUCAUCGCCCCCACCGUUGAAUUUUUCAUUUUUUUUUCGGUGCACUCAGAUUCUCACGCACUUGCACUGUUUUGCAAAGGUGACCGGGCGGUCCAAUACAUGAAUUUCAGGUGUGCGAGGAGCUCUCCGUCGUGCUCUUUGUGCACCCGUGGGACAUGCACUCGUGGGACGACCGUCUCUCGAAAUACUGGAUGCCGUGGCUCGUCGGAAUGCCCUCGGAGACCGCGCAAGCCAUCUGUUCCGUCCUGAUGGGCAACAUUCUUGUGCUGUUCCCUCGGCUCCGCUUCUGUUUCGCACACGGCGGCGGAUCGUACCCGAUCAUCCGCGGACGGGUCGCCCACGGGUACAACGUGCGACCUGAUUUGUGUGCGACCGAGUGCAAAGUUGGACCCGAACAGUUGGACGGUCUGCUGUGGACCGACUCGUUGGUGCAUGAUCCGAAAGCUCUGGAUCUCUUGAUUUCAACUGUCGGAAAGGAGCACAUUGUGCUCGGCACGGAUUAUCCGUUCCCUCUAGGCGAACUUGAGGUGAGUGGGACAUCGCGCUCUACCGUAAUCCACGUUUCAAGGUCGGAAAAGUCGUCGAGGAGUACAAAUCGUUCGGAGAAUCGGAUCGUCGUGACCUGCUUUGGAACAACGCUGUCAACAUGCUUCAAUUGGACGAGAACUCGCUCUUCAACAAGGAUCAUUGA